CAGCAGUGCAUGUUAACGCAGCCUCAUCCAGAAGACGUGUGUCACUGUUGGCACAGACAGAUGCGCGCAUCACGGGCUCUGCUGUGCCCCUCCCCCUCUGACUUCCAGCAUCAUUGACAGCCUGGUGAUGCUUUCAUAAACCAGAGAAUGCAUUCUCGUUUACGAUCCUGACACGAGCUGGCGUAUUUUCUAAAUGGUAGGCUGUAUUGAUUUGCAAAUACACGUCUAUAAUGUCUUACUGGAUGCGAUCCCCCUCAGAGACACAAUUCAGCCUGUUUCUUAGCCUGGGACUGUUGCUAUUUUUGUUUGGGCUGGUAACGUGUGCACCUUAUGCUGUGUGUCUAAGGUCGGUGUGAAUAAUAGGCUACGGUGUUUUUUUUUUUCUUCAAGUCAGAGGUUUUCCAAGGGCAUCAGUGAGCGACACGGUGCAGCAGCGAUGUGCAUGUCUGACGGCUAGACUGAGCAAAGUGAAAGCCUGUUUCUGUUAGACGUUGAGUUGUCAGAGUUAUCGGUCAUAUCCAGGGGUUCAAGCACUCCUGGCCUGGCUUUAGGAUGCGACGUCAUGAGUUGACCGCGCCUGACAGAUGUUGCUGUGUUGCGGUUGCACAGGCAUAGGUUCUCCACUUCAUCUCGUUUUUGGGGGGGAAUUACCCUGUAAGAGCUGUUUAUGUGCUAAAUGAUUAGUCCUCGCGUUGUGCUCGGACAAAUCACGACGUUCAUUUAGUCUUCGGGAUUGCAUAAAAUGAUACCUGGAUCCGCCGCAUCAAUGCUACCAUCUGCAGAAGCUGCGAAAUUGUACCAGACCAAUUACGUCCGCAACUCCCGUGUCAUCGGACUUUUGUGGGCCAUCUUCACUAUCCUGUUCGGUAUUGUUAACGUAACCAUCUUCUCACAGCCCUAUUGGAUUGGAGAUGGCGUGGAUACGCCGCAGGCCGGCUACUUCGGCCUUUUUCACUAUUGCGUCGGAGACGGAGAAGGACACUCCAAAGAGCUGGCCUGCCAGGGUACCUUCACUGAAUUCUCCGCUAUCCCCUCCGGUGCGUUCAAGGCCGCCUCUUUUUUCAUUGGAAUGUCCAUGAUGCUGGUUGUCACCUGUAUCGGCUGUUUCAGUCUCUUCUUCCUUCUCAGCACCUCCACCGUGUAUAAGAUCUGUGGCUGGAUGCAAGCAGCAUCAGGUGUGUGUCUGGUGUUGGGUUGCAUGAUCUAUCCCAAUGGCUGGGACAGCGACGAGGUCCGUCGGAUGUGCGGAGAGCAGACAGGCAAAUACAGUCUGGGGGCGUGCUCGGUGCGCUGGGCCUACAUCUUGGCUAUUAUGGGCAUUCUGGAUGCCCUCAUCCUCUCCUUCCUGGCCUUUGUCCUGGGGAAUCGGCAGGAUGGACUCAUGACAGAAGAGCUGCUGGCGGAAAGCAAGGAGGGAGGCAAUGCCUAGUCAAAUCUAUAGUACCAGUCCCUCAAUAUCAGCUUAAAGGAGGGAGGCGGUCCAGGUCUGUGGAGUAGAGGAUUACUAUUGAACCAGCCUGCUUGCCUGCCAAAAACCCAGUGUAACCUAACCUUGAAGUUCAUCCAUCCUGCUUGCAGUCCCUACAUCAUCUGCACUUAGAUGGAGCCCAUUGCACUUUUAUCUCAGUGUGUCUACAGAGCUAACCGUUGCACAGCAUUGCAUAGACCAUGGCAGGGGCAGAGACUGUUAUUCUGUUGAGAAAUAUAUGAGCUACCCACUACCUACCUGGAAGCAUAGGGCUGACAUUGUACACCUGCAGUACAAGCACAGACACAAACACACAUACAUCAUUGCCGCCUCACUUGUAUACACAAACACAGCUCUGUAUACAACACACAGUACAUUCAAACAAUACAUUAACAAACUGUAAUUACAAGUAUUAAACUAUGUUAACACUUAUCUGUGCGUCACCUUCAGAAUGUGUGUCAUGUUUUAUUUAUGAAAAGAAGAAAGUGCUCAUUUUCAGAUACUGUUGGGUUACUGUAAUUCGACUGUGUUUCUGCAUACUAUGUAAGGUUUACAGUGGAAUGACGCCACUUUGUUCCUUCUCAUGUACUAGGAAAAGAUAAUUAAGGCUGUUUUAUAAGAAUAUUAUCACUCAAAAGAAAAAUAAGACUUGUAUUACAAAAUAUGUACAGUGAAUAUUAAAGAUGGUCUAGGAAUUUUAACUAAAUCCAUUCAAUGCCCCACUAGCUAACUUUGCACAGUGCUUCAGUUUGAGAAGAUAUAAAAUAUUUUGUAAUCUGUGGCAUCUACACUGUGAUGGGGGCUGUUAGGACCGCAGCAGAGGUCAUAGCUGCUGUGUGAGUGUGCUUCUGUACGUGUGACUGUAGGGAGAUCAGUGCGUGUAUUUGGCUGAGAGCAUGCACAUAUGCGAGUGUCAGUGCGAAUGCGUUGUGUUCAGUUUGAUGAUUUAGUGAACCAGUUCGCCAGCCCCCCCACACACAACUGCCUUGUUGUGUAGCUACAUCUAUCUGUCUCUGUCUUUGUCCCCAACUCUCUUUUUCUCUCUCUGACUCAAUUUCUUUUGUUGGGACAUACAGGGUAACAUAAUGGAGUUGGAGUAUUAUGUAAAGUGAAUGGUGUGCCUGAGUCAGUGAUAAUGGAAUAGCAAGGCCUGUCCCAGCCUCACCUGUGCAUAUCUUCCUGUAAAUACAUUCAUAUGCUAUAGAUUUCAAACAAUUAGCAAGUAUGGACAAGAAGGUUAACUUACAUCAAUUAAAGAGAUUCCUUCAUGAAUGUUAACAUUUAAUAAAGGUUUUC